AUGGCCCGUGCGAGCUCUUGCCAGAUGUUCGGAGCGGAGCCCCAGAGUGGAUAUGGAUAUGGACAGCAAGGCGGCGGUAUGCCCCAACAACAAGGCGGAUACAAUAUGCACCCCGCGUUCGGAAGCUUCAUGAACGACCCCACCGCACAAGUCGGCCUGCACAUGGGCAAGACAGCUUUUGACGCAGGCCAGCAGUAUAUGGAACAGAACAUUGGCCGAUUCGUUUCCGUCUCCGCGUUAAAACACUACUUCAACGUCUCCAAUUCGUAUGUCGUCACCAAAUUGCGCAUCAUACUGUUUCCGUGGUGGCACCGGCCAUGGUCGCGCCAGCAGAGACACAAUCCGGAUCCUGCCGCCGGAGCUUCGGCUUCUUCUCUCUAUCUCCCACCACGAGAGGAUAUCAACAGCCCUGACAUGUAUAUCCCGACCAUGGCACUCGUCACAUACAUCCUUCUCUCCACACUUCUAGCGGGUCUGCGGGGCGCGUUCCGCCCGGAACUUCUAGGCUACACAGCGACCGUCGCCAUCUGUGUCACACUGCUCGAGAUCCUCAUCAUCCGGACAGGCACCUUCCUCCUCGCCAUCACCAGCUCGUCCCAGCUUCUCGAUCUCGUCGCAUACAGUGGAUACAAGUUCGUUCACGUCAUUGUCUCGCUGCUGCUUUCGCACUUCACCUCAUUCAUUGGUAUUGGCGGAACAUGGAUCAGCUGGAUCAUCUUUCUGUUCUGUUUCAAUGCAAAUGCCUUCUUCUUGCUGAGGAGCUUGAGAUAUGUCCUGCUCCCGGACCAGGGCGGUCAAGGCAUGGGUGUGGGAGGCAACGCAGCUGCUGGAUAUACUGUGGCCAAGGAUCAGAAGAACAAGAGGACACAAUUUUUGUUUGUGUACAGUUAUGUGGUGCAGUUUGGGUUUAUGCUGUGGUUAAGCAGAGUUUAA